AUGAGGCUGUACACCCUGUGUUUCUACUUCUCGCAUGAAGCAAUGCCGAGAGAGCCUCUUGUAGUUGUGCAUGUUGCCCUUCUCAAUGAAAUAGCGAACAAUGUGCAGAGUAUUGUGGAAUGUGAGCAUCUUGACUACGAGGAACAAGACUGCACGACUGCUAUCUAUUAUUCCAUCACAGCUACUCAACCAGGACUAGCAGGAAUCGAUCUCGGUAACAUGCUUAUCAAGCGUGUAGCAAGUCUACUUCAUUCCGAACUACCCUCCGUACAGAUACACUCCACGUUGUCUCCCAUACCGGGAUUUCGGACUUGGAUGUUGCGACGUUUGCAUGGAUCUUCCCUCUAUGGAACGCUUAUUGAUGAUACUGUUCUUGGGAGAAUCAGGGAGAUUACUGGCAGAAAUAUGACGAAACAGCAAGCGACAGACUUCUUCAAAGAGAUGCUGACAAACAUUAAUGAUUCGACUAGUGAAAUGGAGCAAAUGAAAGUAUGUUUUUCUCCGGUUAUGUGCUAA